AUGACGGCCGCCAUGCGGCCGGAAACUUUGAAGGAGCUGUUUUGGAACGGCUUCUCAUAUAUAUCUGAGAGAAUACUGCAGCAUAACACUCCGACCGAUGACCCCGAGGCGCGAUAUGUGGCGGCCGAUCGAGCACACCACCACGCAAUCACGGUCGACCGCAUAAAACCGCCUUCUUCUGCCACGAACAGUGCCCCCAACCCACUCCCUUUCAGCCAAGAUUACGAACUCAUCUGGCGUGACGGUCCUCACGACCACAUAUCUCCUGCCGGAUUUGAAGCGAUCGCCUCACUUCUGCGCGCGUGGAAAGACGACCUCGUGGCCGGACAUGUUGUCCGCUGUCCUUACCCGCGACCCGUUGUGCGGCGCUUUGACGAUGAAAACCGCCACGAGACACGCUUGUCGGCCGUUGUUCACAAUUUUAUGUUUCAGCGUUCCGGUGAAAACUCGGAGCAGGCCUGGAAAGAUGCUUCGGUGGAGUUUUUAAAAGCCAUCGAGGCAACAGAGCGGUGGAUUUCCGUCCUCUACGCGCCGGGCAACUUUGAGACCAUGAAGUCCCAAGGCAUUGUGCUGUACAACGAGAUCAGCACGUCGGUACAGCAGUUCUGGGACAGUCGUUGUGGCAUCUGCGCCGUGGGCGACUUCCUGGCAUUUGCCAUUUUGGAAUCACACCAAUGGGGCCACCCGGGCAUGCAAUUUUCCCAGCUGUCCCUCAUGAAAUUGCUUGUCGACCUGGAAGCUUUCCACCGCCAACAGCCCAUUCUAAGUUUUGUCUCUGUUGAGCGGCAGAACCACCCUCCGGGAUACCUUUUCGACGACGAUGACGGAGCAGUGGAAUCGGUCACAGCGGAAGAGCUGCGUAACCUGUGGCUCGGCAGCCGUGCCGAGACAAGCGUUUCUCUCGUCAAAUGGCGCAACCCUUCAGUUUGCCACAUAUAUGGCAACGGUACAUCGAGUGCGCGGUCACAGGAGGCUCUUCGCAGAUCGCGAAUCGUCAGCGCUGCUGCAGCUUCGCUCAAAUCUUCUCGCCGCCUGGCAAAUGGAAGUGGGCCCCUCCUCAUUUCGCCCACUCGGUCUUUGCUAUCCCAGAGAUACAAGGCCGGUGCCCAUGGCCAACCGUGUCGCACAAAGUUUUAUGCACUACCCUUUAUCAAAGAUUAUCAGAUGCCCGCCAAGCGGAAAGCGAAAACUGCUACACCGGAUCCUCGACAAUUCAAGCGCUCCCGCCUAGAGACGACGGCACACACGGAGUUUGGAAAUACUAAAGCAGCGGCGGACGCAGCUGCUUUCGCCGCUGCUUGUGUGCCAUUGCCGCCAUCUCCUGCAACUACUGAGGUUGCAUCAGAUGAUGAGGCUGAUGUCGAAAAUGCGGCGGCUGGUGUUGAAUUCGCUGAUCAACGCCGCUUGCCUUGGGCUUCUAUCUUCCCAGAAGACGAUGAUGACGCCACGUUCAUGCCGCGACUUCGGAUAAGUACAUCAAAGGCAGACGAGUUGCGUAAUAUUGCCAAGGAGAGGUAUGCUACGCAAGAGGCCGCACGUCUGAAGAGAGAGGCAGAAAUGCGUCGCAAGGAAGAAGAAGAGAUUGCAAAACGGUCUGGGCUGCGUCCACCUGCACGUAAGGUUAUUUCGUCGCUAUCAGACUCGUGGCACUCGCGUGUGAACUCUGCUGUCUGCGCCGACCCAAACAAAGACAUUGCCAAGUCGCCGGAAGGGACCAUUCUCCGACGCAACGACUUUAAGACUGUUGUCAGCAAGUCAGAGUGGCUCAACGAUGAGAUUGUGAACGGCUCGUUGCUUCACCUGGCCAAUUAUAUCAACGGCAAGGUAGGCAUCACAAACCCGAAGACGCAAACACCCAAGUGCCAUGCAUUCACUUCCUUCUUCUGGAAGCCGCUGUCCACCAAAGGCGCUGCUGGUACCGAACGCUGGAUGAAGCGUGUGGGUGUGACAAAGGACAACUUCCUUAAGAUCGACACAAUCCUCAUUCCCAUCUGCGAGCACAAUCACUGGACAUUGGUCGUGGUGCGGCCCGGCCGCACUACGAUCACGCACAUGGACUCGCUGCGCAACAAAGGUGCUGGCCGACGCGAAGUUACCGACACAGUGAUGCGCUGGGUUAGGGAGCUUCUCAAGGACAAGUUCUCGGACAAGUGGCAUGUGCAACACUACGACUCCCCGCGCCAGACGAAUGGCUGGGACUGUGGCGUACAUACCAUUACCAACGCACUGUUUCUGUCACUCGGCCUUGAUCCGUCCUUUUACAAGGCUGUAGAAAUGCCUCUACAGCGCGACCGCAUUGCCGCCACACUCAUCAAUGGCGGCUUCUCUGGCGACCUAGACCUUACAGGGCUGUGA